UCUCUCUCUCUCUCUCUCUCUCUCUCUACUGUCAUCAUGCAAAUAGCACCUCCCCUACGCCUUUAACCACUCUUCACUUCACAAUCACUUCAUCUCUCUCUCUCUCUCUCUCUCUCUCUCUCUGUCUCUCUCUCUAUGCCAGAUCUCUCUGAAAAAACCUCGGGGAAACCGUGUUGUUUUGGAUUUCCUCAUCUCUUCCCUAGUGGCUAGAUUUUUUCAAAAUCUCCAUCAUUUCAAAGAUAUCCUCUAGUCUUUUUCACACAAAAUGGCAAACGGAUUGGAAAAAGAAAGUGGGUUCACAAUGUUCAGUGAUGAUGAGCUAAAGGAUGUUAAUGGGGUGAAGAAAGUUGGAGAUUUUGUUGAAGUAAUGUGUGGUUGUACUAGUCAUAGAUAUGGUGAUGCUGUUGGAAAGCUUAGGAUUUUUGUUAAUGGUUAUCUUGAAAUCACUUGUGAAUGUACACCUGGUUGUGAAGAAGACAAAUUGACUCCUGCUGCAUUCGAGAAACACUCUGGAAGAGAGACAGCUAGGAAAUGGAAGAACAAUAUAUGGGUAAUAGUUAAUGGUGAGAAGGUUCCAUUGUAUAAAACAGUUCUGCUCAAAUACUACAACCAAGCAUUAAAAACAGCCAAUGGAUCCCACAAAUCCCAAAAUGGGCAGGUGUGCCACCGUGACGAGUUUAUCCGCUGUACUAGAUGUAACAAAGAGCGUAGGUUCCGCUUGAGAACCAAAGAGGAUUGCCGCCUUCACCAUGAUGCUUUGGCUGAUCCAAAUUGGAAAUGUUCUGAUCUUCCAUAUGACAAAAUUACAUGUGACGAUGAAGAAGAAAGAGGUAGUCGCAGAGUUUACAGAGGAUGCACUCGUUCUCCGGCAUGCAAAGGUUGCACUUCUUGUGUGUGCUUCGGGUGUGACAUAUGCCGUUUUUCGGACUGCACUUGCCAGACUUGUACUGACUUUACAAGGAAUGCCAAUGCCAAAGCUUGAGUUCAAAUCAUGUUCCUAAAUGCUGACUUUUUUUAGUACCCUUUUAUAAGUUUAUUCAUAUGGACUGAAUUGCCAGUCCUAUUUAAGUUUUCUAAUGUACUGGAUUAUUAAUUUAUUUCAAUUAAAAAAUGACCUCUUUCUAAUCACA